GACAAACGUGGGAUGAUGUCGGAGGUGCGACGUGACAGCACAAGCAGUUUACAGCGGAAGAAGCCACCAUGGUUGAAACUGGACAUCCCGGUGCCGGUGCCCGUGUCUGUGCCAGAAGAGCCCCAGCCUGUGCAGCCAACAAGACGUCAGGCCUUUCUCCGAAGUGUGAGCAUGCCUGCCGACAACACCCGCGUGCCCUCCCUGCCUAAUGAGGUGAGGAGACCGGUGCUACAACGACAGACCUCAAUCACCCAGACUAUCAAGAGAGGCACAGCGGACUGGUUUGGCGUGAGCAAAGACAGUGACGCUACUCAGAAAUGGCAGAGAAAGAGCCUCCGCCACUGCAGCUUGCGGUAUGGGAAGCUGAAACCUCAGGUCAUCCGGGAAAUGGACUUGCCCAGUCAGGACAAUAUUUCUCUGACAAGCACAGAGACUCCUCCUCCGCUCUAUGUCGGACCAUGCCAGCUGGGCAUGCAAAAGAUCAUAGACCCCUUGGCCCGCGGCCGAGCUUUCCGCAUGGCUGAUGACAAUGAUGGCUGCAGCAUCCCACACACGCCAAUCACACCAGGUGCCACGUCGCUCUGCUCCUUCACCAGCUCGCGCUCGGGGUUCAAUCGCCUCCCACGACGGCGGAAACGGGAGUCUGUUGCCAAAAUGAGUUUCCGAGCAGCUGCAGCUUUGGUGAAGGGGCGCUCUGUGAAGGACAGCACCCUGAGGAGAGCUCAGAGGCGCAGCUUCACCCCAGCAAGUUUCCUGGAGGAGGACACGGUGGAUUUUCCAGAUGAGCUUGACACUUCUUUCUUCGCUCGGGAAGGAGUCCUUCAUGAGGAGCUCUCUACUUACCCGGAUGAAGUGUUUGAGUCGCCAUCAGAAGCUGCAAUCAAAGAUGCUGAGGUGAAACCUCUGGAUCAGACAGACCUCACAGGAGGUGCCUUGGACAAAAAUGAGCUUGAAAGAAGCCACUUGCUACUCCCACUGGAGCGAGGCUGGAGGAAGCAAAAGGACGGGGCCCUGGCGCAGCCCAAGGUCCGCUUGCGGCAGGAGGUGGUGAGUGUGAGCCCACAGAAGCGUGGCCAGCGCAUCGCCGUACCUGUCAGGAAACUCUUCGCCAAGGAGAAGAGGCCGUACGGCCUGGGUAUGGUGGGGAAGCUGACAAACCGUACAUACCGCAAGCGCAUCGACAGCUAUGUCAAGCGGCAGAUUGAGGACAUGGAUGAUCACAGGCCUUUCUUCACUUACUGGGUCACCUUUGUGCAUUCACUCAUCACCAUCCUGGCUGUGUGCAUCUAUGGCAUUGCCCCUGUGGGGUUCUCACAACAUGAAACUGUUGAUUCAGUCUUGCGGAACAGAGGGGUUUAUGAAAACGUCAAAUAUGUUCAGCAGGGGGACUGAUGGGUGACAUGCAGCCAUGAGGCCCUGAUCCACCUAGGGGCCAAGUUCUCACCGUGCAUGAGGCAGGACCAGCAAGUGCACAGCUUCAUCAGCGCCAAGCGGGAGAAGGAGAAGCACUCGGCUUGCUGCGUGCGGAACGACAAGUCAGGCUGCGUGCAGACCUCGGAGGAGGAAUGCUCGUCCACGCUGGCCGUGUGGGUGAAGUGGCCCCAUCACCCCAGCACACCAAUGCUGGCAGGAAGCAAGAGGCAAUUUGGGUCCGUUUGUCAUCAGGACCCCAGGGUGUGUGAGCAGCCAGCCUCGAUGGAGCCGCAUGAGUGGCCAGAUGACAUCACCAAAUGGCCGAUCUGCACAAAAAACAGUGCUGGGAAUUACACGAACCACCUUCACAUGGACUGCGUGAUUACAGGCCGGCCCUGCUGCAUUGGGACCAAAGGAAGGUGUGAAAUAACCUCUCGGGAGUACUGUGAAUUUAUGCGGGGCUAUUUCCAUGAGGAGGCGACACUCUGUUCUCAGGUGCACUGCAUGGAUGACGUCUGUGGACUCCUCCCUUUCCUAAAUCCAGAAGUCCCUGACCAGUUCUAUCGCCUCUGGCUCUCGCUUUUCCUCCAUGCUGGGAUCCUGCACUGUCUGGUUUCAGUCUGUUUCCAAAUGACGAUCCUGCGGGACCUAGAGAAGCUGGCAGGAUGGCAUCGCAUCUCUAUCAUCUACCUGCUCAGUGGCAUCACUGGGAACCUUGCCAGUGCAAUAUUUCUACCCUACAGAGCAGAGGUUGGCCCUGCAGGAUCCCAGUUUGGGAUUCUGGCCUGUCUCUUUGUGGAGCUCUUCCAGAGUUGGCAAAUCCUGGCACGCCCAUGGAGGGCUUUCUUCAAGCUGCUGGCUGUGGUGCUCUUUCUUUUUGCCUUUGGCCUCCUGCCUUGGAUUGAUAAUUUUGCUCAUAUUUCAGGAUUUAUCAGUGGUUUCUUCCUCUCCUUCGCCUUCCUGCCCUACAUUAGCUUUGGGAAGUUUGAUUUAUAUAGGAAGCGAUGCCAAAUUAUAGUUUUCCAGCUCAUCUUCAUUGCACUCUUCUCAGGACUUGUGAUUCUGUUCUAUUUCUACCCCAUCAAGUGCGAGUGGUGCGAGUUCCUUACUUGUAUACCAUUCACAGACAAAUUCUGCGAGAAAUACGACCUGGACGCACAGCUCCACUGAAAGGCAAAGACUGGCUUCUCGAGCAGGCACUGGAGAUGGACUGUCUUUGCGUUUGCUGUGCCAGUUCCAUGUGGACAAAGCCUCUAAUCCAAUGACACUUCUAACCCUGCCCGUGGUUAAUUUAAACUGUCUCCUUAGCACUUGGCAGGCAUGUUUUGCCUUAUCUCAGAAGACUCUGAAAACGGAACGUUUGUGCCUUGUUCAAUUGUAUUGAACCUUUUCUGCUGCCAUUAUUUUUAUUACACUAGUUUCAAUACUACAUUUUUAACCAGAGUUGUUUACUACUGCUAAGGUGGUGAUUAAACGGUAAGGUAGCGUUUUAGCUACUGUUAAUUGUU